AUGCUAAGAGCCGUGUAUGUCAUCAAUGAUGAACAGCCGCACACUGUUCAAGUUCCAUAUGAAUUAACAUUAAAUAUCGAAGGCUUAAUUUAUCCUUCAAAAAAUUUACGUCAUUCAAGAAAAACCGACGACCCACCGAGACCACAGAUUAGUUUUCUCUCCUUCGUAAGGAUUUUGAAGCAAAGUCCCUACUAG